AUACAAUAUGAUAUACCUGAAAUAGCAUUGCCGCCUUUUGCACGAUCGUCAAAGAAUGCCGUUCGAGAUUUAGCGCGAACGUGGGAAGCAGUUGCAAAUGCAAGACGAAUUGUUGUCAUUUGCGGCGCCGGAAUUUCAGUUUCUUCGCCAGCAAAUAUACCUGAUUUUCGUUCGGCUCAAGGUUUGUUUCGAAAAUUAAAGGAAAAACAUCCAAAUGUUGGAUUGCAAAGUGGUAAGGAUUUGUUUGAUGCGAAUUUGUUCAAAUCUCCAUCUACUUCUGCUUUGUUUUAUUCGAUGGUAUCGGAGUUGAAAGCAAUGGCAGAUGCUGCCACGCCUACCUCUUUCCAUCAUCUUCUCAAGCGGCUCGAUAUGGAAGGACGUUUGAUGCGCGUUUAUACGCAAAACAUUGAUGGCCUGGAGGAAAAGGCAGGUUUGUCGUUCGGCUUGGGGCAUACAGGUGACAGCAGAAAGACUUUGCGCAACCUAGGCAAGCGUAAACGUGAAGCGGCCGAUCGAGCAGCCGGCAAAGGUAGGAACGGUCUUGCAAGAUGCAAGAGUGAUUCCGCGGUUUUGUUUGGCAAUCGAGCCAUGGAUGACGAAGCUGAUGUAGAUGAACCAAUGUUCCCACGUGCCAUUCCACUCCACGGUUCAUUGUCUACGAUGACUUGUCAGGUUUGUGGUCACAAAAUCUACCUCUCUCUUGCAUCUCCCGGCCCACAAACAUUACCACAAGGGGCUCGUGAACUCUCUCCUAGUGCAAGCGAUCAAGCGGUCAAUGCGAUGGAUCUUCUUUCUCAAGGAGAAUCUGUGCCUUGCAAGCAAUGUGAAACGGCAGAUAUGGCCCGCACGGUUGUUGGGUUGCGAUCGAGAGGAAUCGGUAUGAUGAAAGUGGAUGUUGUGCUGUACAACGGACAAAAUGAAGGAGCCGAGCGUGUGGGCGAUUGCGUUGAGCGAGACAUCUUGGGAUUGCGUGAUCCUAAUGAACCACUUGUGCCAGAGAAUAGCCGUGAGCGCACCCUGCGCGAAAGAAAGGAGAAGAAGGAGGCUAACAGUACUACUUUAAACCCGAUUCUCGAAGCUGCAACUGCUGAUGAAGCAUUCGCAUCUGCUUUUGAUGAGGAAGAUGAUGAAGAUAGCAAAGAUGCAAGAUUAGCAGAUGAAGCGAUUGGUCAAUCUCCACCUGCUCUAGAAUCGGAACCCAGGCUACCACAAUCGAAACCAAAGCGUCAACCACGUUUGAAACCUCUUCCACCAGAUUUGUUAAUUGUAGCAGGCACAAGUCUCAAAGUGCCUGGAACGAAACGAAUCGUACGUGAAUUUGCUAAAUCAUGUCAAGCACGCGACCAUCGGGAGUACCCCGGCAAGGACAUCAAUGCGCCUAUUCGUACAAUAUUGCUCAAUUACGAUUUCCCCUUACCGCAUGGUCAAUGGGAAGAUGUGUUUGACGUUUGGGUCCAAGGUGAUGUUCAACAAGCUGCUUUGGGUCUG